AAACACCAAAGUACACCCUUCCAAUUCUCUACAAUGGAUCCCUUCGGACACGCUGACGACCUCUUGAACAUCCGCACCGCCUUCCACACGGGCGCAUACUCCACCGUUAUCGGAAGUGAUUUGUCCUCCCUCACCGGAUCCUCCCGCAAACUGGGCGAACUCUACAUCUACCGCGCACGCCUCGCAACUGGGCAAGACCCAGCCUCUAUCGCAAAGGAAAUCACCACCUCCGACUCCGCCUCGAAAGCCGUGAAAGCACUUGCGGAAUACACCGCUGGCGCCACCGAUAAAGCCCUCAAGACCAUCGACGCGCUCGCCGCCUCCGCGGCCGACGCUGCUGAUCCCACGGUGCAGGUCGUGGGUGCUACAGUCUUGGUGAGGGCGGAGAGAUAUGAGGAUGCCCUUGCACUACUCGGAAAUCACGAGAACAAUUUGGAGGCUGUAGCGCUUCUGACACAGCUCUACCUCCACCUCAACCGUACGGACCUCGCCAAGCGCGAAGUCGAACAAGCGAAGAAAUGGGCGGAUGACUCCAUCAUCAUUCAAUUGGCUGACUCUUGGGUCAACAUGCGUCUCGGCGGAAAUGGAUAUAGCCAAUCCUUCUACCUCUAUGAAGAACUCUCCCAAACACCCUCGACACGAACAGCACUAACCCUAACCGCCCUCGGCGUCGCACACAUUCAUCUCUCGCAACUCGAGGAGGCGCGGGCCGCAUUUGACGCCGCUCUCGAGAUCGAUGAAAAGUACGAGGAUGCGUUGGCGGGGUUGGCGGUGUGUCGGGCACUUGAGGGAAAGGGCGCGGAGGGGGUGAAGGGGUUGAAGGUGGGGAGGGAGUGGGAGGAGAUGGGGAGGGUGUUUGAUGAAGCGGCUGGGAAGUAUGGUGUUGAAGCUUAG